GGCACCUUGUCCAUUUGACAUUAUUGUAAUAACCGAGAUCAUUAAUUUUAUGAUUAACUUUGUUACUCGCAGCUUGCUUUUCAAGUUUUUUUCCAAUUACGAGUACUUGCGGUGGUUUUUUCUAAUCGGAGCUUUAGAAACUGGAAACUAAAUCGUUUUGGUUUACCAGAAUACUUAACUGGAUAGAUGCUGCUUGAGAGCUCCUGAUCAACCGUUGAAGGACCUACAACAAGAUGCCUCGUGCAGAAAUUAGCCUGGAAGUACCGCCUGAUCUUCCGAAUGAUCAGCUGCGCCAACGCCUGAAUGAGGUUUUUAACAAACUCCGGGAGGUUGACAACAGAGCUAGCAGUCAUCGCAUCUCGAAGCGGUUGGCCGAGCACUACGCACAGGAGGCUUUUCUCCGUCAUGCGGACGACGAAGUGCGCGUGCUGGUGGCCGCCUGCCUCGCGGAAUUCUUCCGCAUCUUCGUGGGCACCACGGACGAUGAGAUGUCGAGUCAGGGUGUUCCUGUGCACCUCGGUCCGUUAUCCGAUUUGGAUUUGUUGAAGAAUGUCUUUACAUUUUUCAUUGAGAACUUGCAACAAUUCCUUGUUCGCUCCAGUCCGUUUUAUACCAUGGCCUUCCAUGUGGCGCAGACCAUGGCAGGAACGAAGGCGUUUAUGUUGAUUUUCAAUCUGGAAGACCAGCAGCCUCUGCUGGAAGAUCUGGUGCAAAUGUUUUUCCAUGUUAUAGGGGACAAGCAUAGCCCCGUCGAUCGAAUGACGUUCCUGGAGAUAAUGAGCUCUCUUCUUGGCGACGCGGAGGUGAUGCUUUCUCGCAACUUACUGCGUACGAUCCUGCAGCCGUUGACGCCUGAUGCUAAACGACAACAGCCCAGCGCAUACGCAUUGGCCAAGGAAUUGCUGAAGCGAAUUCCAAAAGGAAUUGAACCAUGCAUUGGCACGUAUUUUAUCCGGUUGAUCACAUUUGAGGAUGCCACGGAAGCCGGCGAGAUUGGAGAUAAUUUAUCCAACGUUGUGCUGGAGCUGUUCAACAUUUCCCCGGCCCUGGUUACAUCGUCGUAUCGAUAUGUGGAACUUCAGAUUAAUUCCGCUGAGAUGAAAAACCGAUUGGAAAGUCUCUGUUUGGUGGGAGAAAUCUUUGGUUCGCGAAACUUCUCGGAAGUGGCACCUGGCGAGAGAGAUUUGCUGUUUAGAUUGGCAUCUGCACGGCUGCAUGACAUUGAUGAGAAGGUUCGCCUGCAGGCUGUCAAAACGGCCAUUAAAUAUAUUUGCAACCCAAAGGAUGUGGAUGAUAAAUCGCGCUUGAAGGAUUAUAUUGAACGUCUUGGUGAAUCGUUAAUGGACCCCAGCACUCAAGUGCGCGCGGAAGCAGUAACAGCAGUUUGCGAAAUAUGCCUUGAAGUUUUGGAUUUGAUUCCCAUUAGCAUCAUUGAAGAGCUUGGAGAAAGGAUUCUGGAUAAAGAGCGCUCUGUUCGGGAUCAUGCUUUGACUGCAAUAUGCAACAUGCUUGGGAAACUAAUGUAUGGUACGAAGUCGCUGCCAAGUGGCGCAGACCAGGUUCGUUCUGGAAUCGGCCCCUUGUUGCCAGCUUUAUUUGAUCGUGUUCGGAUGGUUCCUGAAAAAACUGUAGCAGAGAUGAAAAUACACUCUAUUCUUCUACCCCUGAGCGCGAGCAGACAGGCCUUGGCCAAUCAUCUGCUGUAUUUUUAUUGUUCUGCAGGAGAUCCAGGAAUGAAGUUCAUUGAAGAUGUUCUCGAUCGAGGAUUGAAAGCUCGUCGGUUUCUGACGGCUUUUGUGGCGGCAGACCGCGAUGACGAUAAAAAGCGCAAGGAGAACAAAGUGCCCUUGAUAAAAUUGUUUCCUGAACUGGCCCCUAAUUUUGAUGACCUCGCCUCACGUUUGGCAGCUGACUUCAGAUUCCUCACUUUGGCAAGAAAUUUCACAAACUUGGAAGUCGAUAAUUUAAAAGCGGCUAUGGAUGAGCUGUUGAAAUGUUGCGACAAAAAUUCUCCUGCGCAGUCCGUAGCCAAGCGGUUAUUUGAGAUAAUAUCACCAUUUCGUUUGUCUACGAAAUUAUGCGAAUGCCUGCACAGCACUGCCAUGGACAUAUUAAACGACCAUAUAACCGAUGCGGAAUUCCUUUGCCAUUCCGUUGCUCUUCCGAUUCAGCCUGAAAUACUGCGGCAGAGGAGUGCCAGAUUGAUCGAGUUUAUUGCUAAACGUUUUCCUGGUGGAUUUGCACGAAAAGCAGUUUUGGAGCGCGCCUUGAAAUUCUGGAGUGAUCGGGACCCGGUCGUCUCCCUCAACAUCCACCGUUUAUUUGCAAAUUGUGCUUCCGAACUGCGGUCUAAUGAACUCUCUUCGAAUUCAAAAUUUAUUGGUGAUAUUUUGGAAAAAGCCAUGGAAUUUACUGCGCAGCCAACAGUUUCCCUUGUUCCUCUCCAAGGAAAAUAUGAUGUUCGGUGUGUUGACGGAAUUUCUGCCGAUAAAAUCGAACACUUUAAGGACAUUCUGACGUGGGCCACAACAGCUCUGCAGAGCGAUGAACUCGAAGACACGGACAGAACUGUCGCUGUUUGCGCUUUGGGAGAAAUGGCUGCAUUAACCGGUGGAGAAAACGAAGAAAAUAUGCAAUAUUCUCCUAGACGAAGUGAGACCCAGCUGCAACUAAUGAACCAAUUCAAAAAGGAUCUCCUCAACACCUUCGAACAUACCGUGCUACCACAAAUCAAGUUUGGCCAGCUGGAGCCGGCAGCCGUUCUCGACGAUGAUUUGUGGUUUGAGCGGGAUGGUUUGUCGGGAAGCGUUUCGUUUGUUGUAUAUGCCAUAAAAGCAUAUGGGAAGUUUUGCCGGGGUUACCAAAGUUUUCUGCCGGUGAAGAAAGACACUAUGUAUCCCCCAUUACUGCGAAAAUUUAUUCACAAACUCCGAGAGGGCGUCUUAGAGACCUCUCGGCAUUUGGAAGAUCUAGACACCGUAUCGCAGGAUCACAUUCUGCUGACAACUGCCAUUCAGCUUUUGAAAACUCUGCCGCUCUUCGAUCAGGAGCACUGCGCGGUUGAAUUGGCCUAUGUACUGCAGGUGCUUCCCCAGUUAUUCUACAAGGAAUCUCAGAAACAGUUGGUCCAGUAUUUGAUGGAAGCAGGAAUUGGCCAACCUUUGUCCGGAGUGUUUUUGGCUCUGGUGGCUAGUGGUGCACUGCAUCCAGAUCCCGAUGCCUUACGCUUUCGCGAAAUGAUACAGAGCCCGUUGAUAGCUGUUUUUCAACAUCUGCGCAAACGAGUUCAGCAAUCUGGUGACAAAUUUGCCAUCUUUCAACCCGAACUAUCGGUUGUUUUUCUGCUCCACAUGCUGAUAUGCUCCAAAGAAUUCAAAGAUCCAGACAAUCUGUCUGAAUGCUUUCCCUGGUUGGAAAAAAUUGGACCAGCGAUUUACUGCCUUGUUGACGCGCUCGUGACUGAAUGCCAACAGUUUUCUCCUGGAAUUCUCGCACAUGUGAUUCAUUUAGCGAAACACGCGCAUGUUAAGGGCCGAACUGGAACUAAACUGGACCAGAAAUACUACGUUUUGUGCGAUUUCACAAUGGCACUCCUGGGAAAACGCUGCCUUAACCCCAAUGCAUCGUCUCAAAGCGUAAUUGUGGGACAGCUCCCAGAGAAGUUGUUUGAGAUCGAUAAGAAAAUGUACGACCAGGAAGAACAGACGUAUUUCACUACACCCGUGAAUGUUAGUCGUAGGGGAGAUGGCACGGUGCGAGUGUGGAUAGGAUCUCGAGAACAGAGUAUUUCUAAAGAAUCUGACGGUCACGGCAGCACGAAGAAACGGACCAAACGUUCACGGGCUACGGCCUCUGGGCGGAAGCAAUUGUCCAACACAUCUAUAUCCCGAGAUUCCACCCUGGAAAAAGAAGAGAUGGACGCUGAAUAAGUUUUCCUUGUUUCUUCUUAUUUUAAUGUUUUAAGUUUUGAUUUAAACUGGUUUUGUGAGUCAUCGUUGACUUUGCUUUCAAGUUAAAUUAAUGUAUUCCUGACGUUGUUUUGAAGAUUUUCGAACUGGUCAUGGCAGACGCUAUGCCAGUCCCGUUUUUACAGAACCGUUCCCUGUAAACGUCUAAUGCGGCUUACUUGUUAGCAUCGCUGGAAUGAGCCAGUGAGUAGUAGUACUCAAUAAAUGCAUAAUGUAGUUUCACAGUAAUUAUCA